AUGCCCCCCCCUCGCAAAGCUCUCAUUGCAAUCACCUCCGCUCAUGCUCCUCUGUACCCGGAGGGCAAAGAGACUGGCUUGUUUAUCACUGAAGCUUUGCACCCUUUCCUUGUCUUCAAGAAGGCAGGAUUCGAUGUCGAUCUAGUGUCGGAGACCGGAUCUUACCAACCCGACUGGCUCUCGCAGCAGAAGGACUGGCUUAACGAUGAAGACAAAGCUAUCUGGGAGGAUCACUCCAGUGAAUUCCGCUCUAAGCUUGAUGAUCUCUUGAAACCGAGUGAUAUCAAUUCCAGCAACUAUGGCCUAUUUUUCGCUUCGGCUGGUCAUGCCUCUUUGAUCGACUACCCAGAAGCCAAGGGGCUACAGAGCAUUGUAUCUAAGAUGAACACCGACGGUGCUAUCAUCUCUGCUGUGUGCCAUGGCGGUGCAAUUUUCCCAGGAAUCAUUGAUCCCAGUACAGGAAAGUCGAUUAUCGCUAACCGAAGAGUGACUGGCUUCACUACUCAGGGAGAGGAGGAAGAAGGUGUUCUAGACACCAUCAAAAGCUGGAACCGGCCCACCAUUGAGGCCUCCGCUGCAAGCUCGGGAGCCACAUAUGUCUCUCCUCCUGGCCCUUGGGACGCUUUCACUAUCACCGAUGGGCGCCUCGUGACUGGUGCCAAUCCCGCAAGUGCGCAUGUGACGGCUGAAGCUGCGGUGAAUGCGUUUGAUGCUAUCUAA